CCACCCUAUAAGUUUUAUUUUGCAUUCAAAACUCAUACUCCCUCUUUCUUUUCUUGUUUCAUCAAUCACUGCACAGAAAAAAGUGUUUUGAUCUUUGUAUUUUGAAGAGAGCGGUUUUCCAACAUAUGGGGAACCGCUCUUUCAAUAUUAUCACUAUUGAUCCUGUUGAAAUUUCUUGUGAAUACACUAGCACUUUUGCUAUCAAGAUUGAUUUUCUGUAAAUUGUUUGAGACUUCCCCGGUUUUCGUUAUAUGAUGUAUUAUUGCAUUAUAACAACAAUAAUAACAUAUCCAAUGUAAUUCCACAAGUGGGGUGAGAGUCGAUAGAGUAGAGUUUACGUAGACAGUCACAACAUACUUGUGCAUUAAUAUGCAGUUUAAAUCUAAUUUAGGAGAAGUUGAGAUCUUUAGUCCUGAUUGUGCAUUGUGUUGUGACCCAAAAAUCAAGAUUAGUCAUUUGAUCUUAAGUGCACACUAUAAAGUGAGGAAAAAGAUAUGGCUGAAUUCUCCAAAUGUUCAUGUCCUCAGCCUAAUAAAUGGUUGAAAGGUAAAGUGAUUGGAUCAGGAUCAUUUGGGAGUAUUCAUUUAGCCAUGGACAAGGUGACCGGGGGACUUUUCGUGUUGAAAUCUGCAGAAUCAGAAGCAGGACUUCAGUGUCUUGAAAAUGAAGUUGAAAUUCUUGAGAAUUCGGAUUCACCCCAUAUUGUCAAAUUCAUUGGUAAAGAUUUGUCUUUUGAAGCAAAUGGUAAAAGAAAGUUGAGUCUCUUUCUAGAGUAUGUAAUAGGUGGCAGUUUAGCUGAUGUAGCAGAGAAAUUUGGAGGGUCAUUAGAUGAAGAAGUAAUUUGUUUGUAUACUAGAGGUAUUCUACAAGGUUUAAAGUAUCUUCAUGCAAAUGGGAUUGUGCAUUGUGAUCUAAAGUGCAAGAAUAUAUUGUUAAGUACUAGUGGAGAAAUCAAAUUGGCAGAUUUUGGAUGUGCAAAAAGAAUAAAAGACAACAAGGCAAAUGACAGUACAAAAUCUUUGUCAAAAUCCAUUGGUGGCACUCCUUUAUGGAUGGCACCAGAGAUAUUGAGAAAUGAAGAGUUGGAUUUUGCAGUUGAUACAUGGUCUUUAGGUUGUACAAUUAUCGAAAUGGCGACGGGGAAAACCCCAUGGGGAGGUGAUAUAUGUUCAAAUCCUCUGGCUGCAGUAUUGAAAAUUUCUUGUAGUAAUGAAAUGCCACAAUUUCCAUCACAUUUUUCUGAUGUUGGUUUGGAUUUCUUGGCUAAGUGUUUGGAGAGGGACAGUAAAAAAAGGUGGAAAGUUGAACAAUUGCUUGAUCAUCCAUUUGUCACAAAGGGGUCAGAAAAAAUCAAGAAUUUAGUAAAGAUAGAUGUUGCUAGUACACCUGCUAGUGUUUUAGAUGGUAGAAUUUUCUCCGAGAUGGAUUUCUCAGAUGAUCAAUUAUCAAGCGAUGAAGAUGAAUCUGUGACUAGAUUUGCAUUCUCAAAAAGACGUGAUGCCGAAUUUUGGAUCACAACAACAGGAGGAGGGAAGAUGGACCUAGAGUCAUCAGAAAGUUGGAUCAAUGUAAGGAACUAGUUGGAAAAUUUCAAGAAAAUCAACAAGUUUUUGUAUGUGUGUGUUUUGGAGGAAGUUGUAAAGAAACUAGGUGAAUUUUGCAUUGCAUGCAUGUGUAUGAAAUUAUAGCAGCCAUAUAAAAGAAGUUGUUAGCUGCUUUAUUAAUUGGUCUAUUUUAGAUUAUAUUAAGAUUUUUUUUUUUUCUCUUUAGUAUAUGAGGCUUACUUAGGGAUGUGAAUUUGUACUUAUUGGCACACUACUGAGUUUGCUUCCUCAUUGAAUAACAUUACUACUUGUUUGAAGUCAA